GCGUGGCCUCCCGUCUAUCGGUACGCCUUGCGCCAUGAGUUAUUUGUUUCUCUACCUACCUCAGCUCUAGCUCUGUCUCUAUAGCUCUCUCAGAGAGCACCGGUGGUAGAUUUAUUAGAAAAGUGAGAGUAACCUUGGAUUUACGUACCUUUGGAUUUUGAUGGACGCCGUUGGUGAAGAGUCUUUGUUGGAGUCUGUGGCCGUUCCUCCACCAGACUGUCCUUUCACUGACACUGAAGAGAAUACUGGAUUACAGGAGAAUAGUGAAACCAAAUAUCACCUGGACAACGAAAGUCCUAGCUCUGUGGAAACCACGGAGGAAUUGAAUGGAUCCAAACAACCAACACAGAAUGGAUCAAGUGCAAUGUGUUUUGUUAACACCAGUAACGAUAGUUUAAUGCAGCAUUCUGAUGUGUUGUCGUCAACAACAUUUGCUGACAGCAACUGCAAACAUUUACAUGUAGAGCCCAAAAAUGACUCGGAUCAUGAGAAAAGGACUGAAAAGAGUCCGAAACCAGCAGAAACAGUGCCCCCUUAUUGCGAACCUUCACCAACGAACAUAUCGGGCCUUGAGAAAGGAAUGGAACAAGCACAAGAGAAACAAAAUAGUGCCGAUCCACCAUCUGAUGAUGCUGAGUCACUAACACUCAAUUCGAAUGAUCGAAACUUGGAACAAUUCAGUGAGAUCUUAUUAGAUUCUGAUCAUACAUAUAGUUUGUCUGACGAAGAAUUUCCUCCUGGCAAUGAACCUAAAAAGGAAACCGAACAAAUAACUAAACCCCCUAAGAAAGUUAGAUUUGCAGAUGAAAGAGACGAAAAGCAGAGAGAUGAUCUGGCUCGAACAGGCACUCACAGCCCACCUCUACGCCCCACCAACAUCUCCACUCCUGAAGAUGUGGCCAGACAAGGCAGAGUGCCAGUCAGUCCUUCCUCUCCUAGACAACCGAUACAGGAUAUUACUCCUCAGUUCAGUGUCAACCAACUAAUAGCUGGUAUAGAUUUCUCUGCUCAGUAUCUUGGAUCCACUCCUAUUUUCCUGUCUGGAGUAGCAUCUGCUAAAUCGUCCAGAAUGUACCAGGCUCAGCAAGCAGUGAAACUGAUUAAGGAUCCUGAUAGUGACGGUCGACCACAGUCAGCUGUUAACGUGAAAAUCUCCACUCAGUGUGUCACUAUCUCUGACAUUGCGACAAAUGUUGACAUGAUGGAGCACCCUCUGCAUACAAUCUCUUAUGUGGCUGAUAUAGACAAUGUGUUGGUUAUGAUGGCUCACGUGCUGCCUACCUCUGACACCACCCCCCUCUCCCCUGUCACUACUCCAGUGGAGAAUAGUAUGGAAAUAAUCAGCAGUUACACUCCCAAGAUGACCUGUCACGUGUUGGACACGGAAAAUGCGCGGCAUGUGGCAAUAGUAAUUGGUCAAGCAUUCAGCGCUGCCUACAAGCAAUUUUUGCUAUCCAAUGGCAUAUCUGAGGAGGCAUUGGAGCAGGCAGAGUACGCACACAUAUUGAACGCUCAAACAGUGCCUCAGGUUGAAGUGGAUUCAUUCAAUGACAGGAACAAAACUAGGAAGCUAACUUUAGCCAAGCACAAAGGAGAACUAAUGGGGGUGAUGGUGAUGGAGUCUGGCUAUGGUUCUGCCAUUCCAUCCUGUGUCAUUGCUCACCUCAGUAAGACAGGUGCCGCCAUGAAAUCAGGACUACUCAAUAUUGGAGACCAUAUCAUCUCUAUCAAUGGAGUCAACCUGGUUGGGAUGCCCAAGAAAACAUGCAUAGAACAACUUAAGAAAUGUCGGUAUCAGGAUGUUGUGAAGAUGACAGUUUGCUCAUGUCCGGCUGUUGUCGAAGUGACCAUCGUGAGACCAGAUCUUAAGUAUCAGUUGGGCUUCAGUGUGCAAAAAGGAAUGAUAACCUCACUGAUCAGGGGGUCAAUCGCUGAGAGAAGUGGUAUUCGUGUGGGUCAUCGCAUCAUCGAGAUAAAUGGAACCAGUGCGGUUGCAAUGAAUCACGAUGACAUCGUGCAUCUUCUCUCUUGUACCGUAGGGGAUCUACACCUGAGAACAAUGCCGGACCUGAUGUACAAAUUACUGACUGGUCAGAUUGUACCCGACUAUCAUUAGAUAACCAAUCAAAAUUAUUGUUUUAUCAGAAUUUUCUAUCAUUAGAUAAUGUGAACAUAACAUUAAUUUUGUAA